AUGGAUAAAAAGGAAGAUGAGAAAGCAAAUAAGAUAACUUUUAGGAGCGUCCCAGAAUUUAGAGGGCUAUUUAUUGACCAGUGUUUGGCACAAGCUACUGAGUAUGGAUUUUCUGGAACUUCUUUGAAGCAAACUUCGUGGGGAAAUUUGUGCAAGUUCUUUUCUGAGAAGUAUGACUGCACCAUCACACAAAAAAAGUUGAGAAACCACUGGGAUUACUUGCGAACCCAAUAUAUCACUUGGUCCCGUCUCUUAGCAAGAACCGGCCAUGGGUAUAACGCGGAGACGAACACAUUUGAUUGGAGCGAAGAGCAAUGGAUUGAAUUAGACAAGACAAUCAAAAACGCUAGUCAAUUCAAGAACAAGGGGCUGGAAGAUGCAGAGAAGUUGCAGAAUUUAUUUGAUGGGAAAUUCUCCACUGGAGCUAAUAGAGAUACGCCUGGAAGAGUGGAACCGCCUUGUUCAGCUGGAACUUCUAUAACUGCAGGGGUUUCAAAUAAUGGAUCUGAAUCUCGUACAAGUCAUGGAAAAGAAAAAAAUCAUGAGGAUGACAACGAGGUUGAUUCUAGUCUCAAUGCAAAGGGGAGUGGCAGGAAAAGGAAGAAGGAAAUGGAGGAAGAAUCAAGUGAUCUAUUAACUGAGAAAGUUUGUUAUAUUGUAACAUCGAUGGAGACUCAUCUUCAACAUAAGAAACUUGCUCUAGAAAAGGAUAGCGCAGCCGAAUUCAUGAAAGCUUUGGAUAAUUUACUUGAGACUGAUUGCAUCACAAUGGAUGAGUAUUUGAGCAUAACUCUAAAAGCUUCAGAGAUGCCUGGUUGGCAGAAAUUGUUUGUCAGUUUGAAAAGCGAUGAGCGUCGUGUUGCCUUUAUUGAAAGGCUACAAGGAAGAGGGUUUAGAGAAGGGGAGAACUUAAAUACAGGCAAUGGGUUUUUGAAUUUUCGACUGAUCUCAACUCUAAUGAUCGGUGAAGAGUUAGUUUCUGGUUAUUCAAUUGAAGUUUGGGAAAAUGAAAACGCUAUUAUCUCAACUAGUAGUUUUAUGCUUGUUAGUGAAGAAACUUAA